GGUUAUCCAUCUCUCUUGCCCAUCAAGAGAUUCCUACGGUAUUGACUGACUGGUCCAUGCAAGUGGCCGUGGGAAUCUGUUACCAAUGAAGUCGAGGAACUUAUUUAGGAAGGUCCAGGAGGAUGAGGUGCCUCCAAAGCCCACCAGCACCGAGAUGCCCGUGACGAGCAUGGACAAUGCGACUCAUGCCACGAGCCAUGAGAAGGACAAGGACUUGUUCACCAAGCUUAGCGACUUUGCCAAGGAAAGAUUUAAGGAAGGGCUACAGAAAAUUCCCUUGCCUCCAUGGGCCCUGAUAGCCAUUGCUGUGGUAGUUGGCCUGCUCUUCCUCACCUGCUGCUUCUGCAUCUGCAAAAAAUGCUGCUGCAAGAAGAAGAAAAACAAGAAGGAGAAGGGCAAAGGCAUGAAGAAUGCUAUGAACAUGAAAGACAUGAAAUCAGGGAACCAGAACAAACAGGACGAUGAAGAAGAGACAGGCCUAACAGAAGGAGAAGGCGAGGAGGAGGAAAAAGAGCCAGAGAACCUGGGCAAGCUGCAGUUCUCACUGGAUUAUGAUUUCCAGGCUAACCAGCUGACAGUGGGGAUCCUCCAAGCAGCUGAGCUUCCAGCAUUGGACAUGGGUGGCACCUCGGAUCCAUAUGUAAAAGUCUUCCUGCUCCCUGACAAGAAGAAGAAGUAUGAGACCAAAGUGCAGAAGAAGACUCUCAACCCUGCCUUCAAUGAAACGUUUACCUUCAAGGUUCCCUACCAGGAGCUGGGCGGGAAAACUCUGGUGAUGUCUAUCUACGACUUUGACCGCUUCUCCAAGCAUGAUAUCAUUGGGGAGGUCAAGGUGCCCAUGAACACGGUGGACCUGGGCCAGCCCAUCGAGGAGUGGAGAGACUUGCAGAGCGGCGAGAAGGAGGAGCCAGAGAAGCUGGGAGAUAUCUGCAUCUCGCUGCGGUAUGUACCCACUGCGGGGAAGCUCACCGUUUGCAUCCUGGAAGCAAAGAACCUGAAAAAGAUGGACGUCGGGGGUCUGUCUGAUCCAUAUGUGAAGAUCCACCUGCUGCAGAAUGGCAAGAGGCUGAAGAAGAAGAAGACCACUGUCAAGAAGAAGACGCUAAACCCAUACUUCAAUGAAUCCUUCAGCUUCGAGAUCCCCUUCGAACAGAUACAGAAAGUGACAGUGGUGAUCACCGUCCUGGAUUAUGACAAGCUGGGGAAGAAUGAAGCUAUUGGCAAGAUAUUUGUUGGCAACAACUCCACCGGCACAGAGCUGCGGCACUGGUCUGACAUGCUGGCUAACCCCAGGCGGCCCAUUGCCCAGUGGCACUCCCUGAAGCCUGAAGAGGAGGUGGAUGCAGCUCUUGGGAAAAACAAAUAGGAAUCCCCAUAGCCCAGCCUGCGAACGUUCUCAGCAACCCAGAGCUAUUGAUACCUCAGUUAUGCAACCUUAGGUUUUGGUUUUCUUUUGGUUUUAAGCUGAAAUACCCUUUGAUGGCUGUGGAAGGGUUCCCAGACAGUCCCAAGAGCUUUCAGAGGAAGACGUUAAAGACACAGAUGGUUUUUUCCAUUCUUUAAAGAAGCUUAACUGUGCUGCAUGUCCACCAUUUCUCCAUGCUAUUCCUUUAGGGUGUGAAGUAAGUUUCUGUCCUGGGGUCUCCCUAGGCUGUGGCAUCACCAGUCCACAGCAACACUUCUUCCUUUCUUUUUGGUUACACACUUGGACCUUUGAACUUUGUGCUAAGAUGAUACUAGAGCUUGACAAGGUGAGAUGACCAGAUACACUGUGCUUGCUUUGGGCAUGAACACAAGCGGACUAUGAGAGUCCAUGGAGAAGACCUCUAAUGAACAUCUGGACACCUUUCUGCUUCGCCUCUUGAUUCCCUUCAUCCCUGUUAGCCGUCCAGCAAAGAGCGAGAAGCAGCGUGGAGAUGGGAGCGCCUGGAAUCUGUCGAACAUCAGCAGGUUUAGCUCCUUCUGGUGAGAGAGCUGCAUUGCUUGGCAUUCACCUGUGGGACAUCACUGCCCAGUGGUACCUAGGCUGGGUAUUGAGCCUUCCAGCCCCAGCAACUGGAGGCAUAUGGGAGGAGCCACAGGAGACUGCAUGCUUUGGUAACAAGACACGUACGAUUCCAGUUUCAGUGUAGGAAGGGGAAAGGAAUUGUAGUUUCUGAAGAACAGUGGCUGCGUCUACACAAGAUGCUACUGUGCGGUGGUUACUGUAUAAACAAGUACUAAAUAAAUGUGCAGCAACCGAAGUUACUGUGCAGUAGUGCCGGCAAAUGCCUUUUUUUUAUGCCUACUGCGCGGUAGCCUAAUACUACCGUGCAAGAGCAUCUGGGCACGGUUUUUGCCAUGUGAUGCUACUGCGCGGUCAGCGUCUCGUGUAGACGUGCCCAGUGUUAUUGAAAUGACCAGGCAUGGCAGACAUACAGUUUUAGCCAGAUCUGAGAACCCCUUUGCUGCUCAGAAAAGCCCUAUGCUGAACUGCCCAAAUGGCUGUUUGAGCUUCUGUAAUCUCCAUAUGGGCUAAAUGCCAUCCUAAAGAUGACAGCUGUGGGUUGCUCUGCACACAUUUCCCAUCAUGCUUUGCACUGCCAUACUUCUAAGGAUAUUUGACUUAAACUUGUGCAGAACCACCAGGAAGGUUUCAAGUGUAAGGUAUUCAGAAUGCCGGAGGUGACCACAUGGAGAUAAUAGUUGUCAGAGGCAUAUGAGUUGCUAUAACUGCUCCAGCAUCUGGCGUUUGAGGGUUGCAGGAAGCCUGGUGAGUGGUAUCUGGGAGAAAGUCACCUGCAGUGAGAUCUAGGGUAAACUCUUUGUGUGUUUGGCUUUGCUCUCCGCACCCAUGGCAUAAUCUACUUUAAGGCUGCCGCUCCAGGCUCUGGCACUCCAUUCAGAGCAUGAGGGAAGUAGCCAGCUGGAGGGGGCUCCCUCCCCAUACCAGUGUCACACAGAUCUGAAAGGGGUGCUCCCAUGUGAUGAGGGAGAAUGAAUGCAUACCAAACCAGGGACCAAAGACACCCCAAUGGCCAAGGUAUCUGCUGCUCACUACGAGGCUGGUUGGAUGGUAAGCACAUUCUAGUUCCUUUGUCUCCCUACAGAUAUAAGCCAUAACCAUGUUGCUGACCAGUAUUUGCACUGAUUAUUAAAGAGCUUCUCUGCUUUACCAUUCCCCUGGGGACAAAGACUGGUGAAUGUCCUAAACCUCUGGCUCUCUUCCUUGAUGGCCAUGGGGGCUGGGACACAGCUUGAUAAGGAAAAGCGCUUGUAUCAUUCCCGUGCCACAACUUUUGCCAACAGAACAAUAGGUUCCUGGUUCAGCCCACUCUGUGCUGGAGUGUAUGAGCAAGCAAGCCAAUUUCCAUUUUCCUGCCUGUAAUUCCCAAGAGGCUUUGAAUUUUGUUUGCUGUGUCUCAGUUCAACCAAUCCACGGGUUGGAAGUAUCUGAUGAACAGCCUUGCUUGGGCUUCCUCCUGUCUAUCUUUCAGUCUAAUGCUGAUGCAGUCUGGCCAUUUCAGACAACGGACCCCCUCUGAAGCAGAGUGGUCAUCUGGUACAGAGUAUUCCUGCAAAGAUUGGCCAGCAGGCUGUACCAUCCCUGAGUAUCAACUAUAUUUUCCUGCCAGUGAGAUGGUUUGCACUGAGGACAAGUCUCCCAAGGAAAG